GUGCUAAUUGAAAUACGUUGUUUGUUAUACCGUAGCCAAACAAGACCUUUCCUGUUUCUCUUCUUUCUCCUGUUCCAUUCCAUAAAGUCCAACGCUUCCAGAAACUUGCAUCACACCUGAAAAUCUGUACUGUCUCCGACCGGACAAUCAGCCGUUUUCCGGCCAAAUUAGCCGUUUUCCGGCGAAACCCACAUGGAGAAAGAGCCCCUUCUCCCUUCCUAUCUGAGCCCUAGAGCCUCACCCCACCCCUACCCCCCUACCCCAAUCUCCCUUUGCCCUUUACCGGAACAUGAUGAAAUUACGAUUCCACCCUCUGCCCCUCUCCCCCUUACCCCUUCUGAACUCAAGGAACGGAUUAUCUUUGGUCCUGCUGAAGCUGCAGCUACUGCCACUGCUAUUGAUGCUUCCUCAUCGUCAGCGAAUCUUGAUAUACCAGUUGAUGCUCAGAAUUCUUGGUUGCUUGACCCAAAUUACCCUUCUUGGACUAAGAGUAAUCUUCAUAGGUCUAAAACAGCACCAGCUAUGGCUGUUAUUAAUGAUUUUGAUCAUGCAACUGAUUCUAAGCCACCGCAGUUUGGGAAAAACUCAAUUGUUGGACAAGGGGUUGUGCUUUUGAUGCUUUACUUGACGCUUGGUGUGGGGAUUUAUUCCUUUUUUAAGGAUCAUUUUAAGGCUACUGAGACGCACCCUGUUGUUGAUGCUUUGUAUUUUUGUAUUGUUACUAUGUGUACUAUUGGUUAUGGUGAUAUUACUCCUGAUAGUACUGUUACUAAACUCUUCUCUAUCUUGUUUGUGCUUGUGGGUUUUGGUUUUAUUGAUAUUUUGCUUAGUGGGAUGGUUAGUUAUGUCCUUGAUUUGCAAGAGAAUUACUUGUUGAGGGGUAUUAAAAGUGGGACUUCACAUGAUGCUAGGAGUUAUAUUAUUGAUGUGAAGAAGGGGAGGAUGAGGAUAAGGAUGAAGGUGGCAUUGGCAUUGGGGGUUGUGGUUCUUUGUAUUGGGAUCGGGGUUGCUGUUAUGCAUUUUGUUGAGAAGCUUGGGUGGGUAGAUGCAUUUUAUUUGUCUGUUAUGUCGGUUACUACUGUCGGGUAUGGUGAUAGGGCAUUCCAAUCGAUGACUGGUCGUAUUUUUGCAUCCAUUUGGUUGCUUGUGUCUACACUUGCGGUUGCUCGAGCCUUUCUUUACUUAGCUGAGGCCAGAGUAGAUAAACGUCAUCGGAGAAUGGCAAAAUGGGUGCUUGAUCAGGAUAUGACUGUUGCGCAAUUUCUCGCUGCUGAUCUCGAUAAUAAUGGAUUCGUGAGUAAAUCAGAGUAUGUGAUAUACAAACUGAAAGAAAUGGGGAAGAUCACAGAGAAAGAUGUACUGCAGAUUUGCAAACAGUUUGAACGGCUGGACAGUGGCAACUGUGGCAGGAUUACUCUCGGCGAUCUAAUGGAACACCACCAUUAAACGUCGUAUUUGGUGCCUUGUUAGACAUUAGGUGUUAGGAGAAAGCGUCGAAUUUGGUGCGUUGUCGGAUUGGCUACUGGACAGGGCAAAGAAAAAUGUCUUGGCUAGAUGUGGCCUGCUGAAGAAAUUGUAUAGUUAGAGUUCCCUAAUUUUCAUGGGAAGGUUGCUCCAUCCUUUGCAGAGAGAGAGAAGUCUAAGUCCUAAAAAUGCCAGAGUUUUGGAUCAAGAAUGGAAAAUUUUGGAAAUGCCUCAUUGGUGGAAACCUUACAAAAUUUUGAAGCAAAAAAAAACAAAAAUAUAUAUAUAUAUAUAUAUAUAUUUGUAAAUAACUACUUAUAUGAUAAGUAAUCUUAGAGAGAAAUGAUAUUCUCAGUAUGAUACACUAAUUAUUUUUGUAAAAAUGGAUUUUGGAAAAUCAUUUAUAUAAUGUGUCAUUUUUUUAAUGGA